AUAAGGUGCUUAAAGUCAGACCACCCUGCGUGCUCCGGUGUGCCCAAGACGGUGAUCAUCACGGACAUGAACUACUACCCAGUCUCCCGCUACCACUUUGACCUCAGUGGCACCGCCUUCGGAGCCAUGGCCAAGGACGGCCGCAACGACGAGCUCCGCCACGCCGGCAUGAUCAACAUGCAGUUCAAGAGGGUGCCGUGCCAGUAUCCGGGGCUGACGGUGACGUUCCACGUGGAGGAGGGGUCGAACCCAUUCUACAUGGCAAUCCUGGUGGAGUACGAGAACGGCGAUGGCGAUGUGAACCAGCUGGACAUCAUUGAGUCGCGACCGAAUGGCGGUAAGAUGGCUCCAACAGGGCAGUGGGUGCCCAUGAAGGAGUCAUGGGGUUCCAUCUGGAGGAUGGAUGCCCACCACCCCAUGAAGGCGCCAUUCUCGUUGCGCAUCACCAACGAGUCCGGCAAGACACUUGUCACCGAACAGGUCAUUCCCAUCGAUUGGAAGCCCAACAAAACCUACAGCUCCCUCGUCCAGUUUCAUUAACUGAUCGAUCGGCCAGAUAUGCCCAUAUAUAUAUGAAACUAAUGAAAAGGGUAGUACCCUGAUUUGAAGAGAAAAAAUUGUGGUACAUGCGUGCAUGCCUAUGUAGCCGGCUGAGACGUCGCCUGUGAUGUCCAGUUGCAAGUGUGUCCGUCCAUCCUUCUAUAUCAAUAUCAAUAAAUGUUAUAUACAACUGAUUAUUUAGGGUAAUGUUA